UAUAUUAUAUAGUUUUGAGAUAGAGAGCUGGGCCUCCAAUAAUUAAUUAGGGAACAAAAAACAUUGUCCUUCUCUUCUUUUUCUUCUUCUUCUUCUCUUUCUCUUAGUUCAUAAGAUGGGUCGGCAUUCUUGUUGUUUAAAGCAAAAACUAAGGAAAGGUUUAUGGUCCCCUGAAGAAGAUGAGAAGCUCUUCAACUACAUUUCUAGGUUUGGUGUUGGUUGCUGGAGUUCAGUUCCCAAACAAGCUGGGCUACAAAGAUGUGGAAAGAGUUGCAGACUAAGAUGGAUAAAUUAUUUGAGGCCUGAUUUGAAGAGAGGCAUGUUUUCUCAACAAGAGGAGGAUCUUAUAAUCACUCUCCAUGAGGUUCUUGGAAAUAGGUGGGCACAGAUUGCGGCACAGUUGCCAGGAAGAACAGAUAAUGAGAUAAAGAAUUUCUGGAAUUCAUGUCUGAAGAAGAAGCUAAUGAAGCAAGGGAUUGAUCCAACUACACACAAGCCUCUUCAUAAUCAUGAAGACAAAGAUAAUGAUACUAUUAUUAAUAAUAAUAAUAAUAAUAAUACAACACAAGCAGCAUGUUCUUCUUCUUCUUCCAUGGCAAUGUUAGAUGGAAUUAUUGGAGGAGUUUCAUCAUCAUUAUCAUCAUCAUCAUUAUUAUUAGACCCUUUGACAUGCUUGGAUUUUUCUCAUCAUCAUGAAAACUAUGGAUUAUUAUUCUCUUCAAUGCCAAGCCUAGACAUGAAUAAUAAUAAUAAUAAUAAUGCAUUGCUCUCAUCAACAUCAUCAUGGGAUUGUUGUAGCAAUGAAGAGGAGAACAAGUUAGAAUCUUUGUUUCAGUUUCAUCAUCAACUCAAAUCUGAGGAGGAAUUCAAUACAAAUUAUAAUAAUAAUGUGCAGCAGAAUUCAAUGCAAGAAGAUUUCAUGAGCAGCUAUAAUAAUUUAAGGUCACUCUCAUCAGAAGAUCUAUCAGCAGCAGCAGCAGCAGUAGCAGGACCAAAUUUUGAUGUAUUCCACCAGAUAUGAUUAUUCAUCAACUGUAACUUUUUUUUUUUUUAAUUAUUUUUUUUCCCAAAUGCAAGUUAUUUUCAUGCGAAAUUAAUAGUCGAAAAUUGUUAGAUGAUAAUUUAGUCAAAUCUGUCAAAUUAU